GAGCUGGUGGUGGCACUCCACCUACUUAAUUAAUCUCGAAAAAAGGCUAGCCUCUGCGGCGAUUUCCGCCACACCGUGAGCUGGUCACACUUUGUUUACCAUCUGUUACCAUGUCCAAUUUGCGGCGCCAGGUACUUAGUGCCUUCAAGAAGCUCCAUCGUACGCGUCAAUAUGUAUUUCAGGGCGAUGUUAACGCACUGGCGGCGGGACGCCUUAAAAUCAACGAAUCGUUCCUCCAAAAUCGAGGCGAAACAAACGAGGAUGAGAUUCAAAAGAUGAUCAAGUUGGCGCAGGAUGUGGACCACGAGUUGCGCACGAAUGUCAUCCAAGCCGAGAAGAAGGCGGAUGAUGUUUAUGAACUUCGCAUCACGCCGGAGACGACUCGACUGGAUAAUGUGGUAUUUAAUCCGGACGCGAUUAUAGAGAAACCCAGAAGGCGAGGUGGCGCCAAAAACUCGGAGGGCUGCUGUGGGGGAGCAGCCAUGGCCGCUCUGGAAGCUGAAGUUGCGGCGCGAAAAAAAUAGAACUUUCUUAAAUAUUUAGCUUUAGUAAAAAUCGUUUUAUCCAUUUCAGAA